AUGCAGGAGGCCAACUACCCCGAGCACCUCAAGCGCCUCUACCUCCUCAACAUGCCUCGGUUCUUCACGAUGGCGCUGGCAGUGGUGAGACCGUUCCUCAAUCAGACGACGCAGGAGAAGAUCGUCUGCCUGGGUUCGAAGGAUCAAUUCGAGCCCGUUUUGACCAAAGCCAUUUCAAAGGACGUCUUGCCCAAGUUCUGGGGUGGGAACAGAGUCGACGAGGAUGGGGAUCCCAAGUGUUCUUCCUUACUACAGCAACCUUACCGGAAACUUGAUGCCCAGACCGGGAAAGGCGGAAAAGUGCCCAAAUCCCUCUACCGGACGAGCAAAGGUGCAAAGGAGGCACAGGAGGAGGAAAAGAACGAGGAGAAGCUCGGAGGGGUGGAGCGACGAGCGGUGAGCCUUCGGGGCGGGGAAGCCCUGAACUUGGAAUGCCGUGCGCCCCAUCCGGGAUCGCUGCUCAGCUGGGAGUUCAGUACGGAAAAGGAAGGGGUGGAGUACCUCGUAUUACGGGUCGACGGGGAGCAGGUCGACAUCCACCAGGAGGAUGUCUCUGGCCGACGAGUGCGGGAGAAGGAAAGGGCGAACAGCCACCAGGAAACCGUCUCUGGGGAGAUCCUCCUCCAGGAGCCCGGUCUCUACUGCCUUCGGUUUCAUUCCAAGGCCACGAGUGACAGGCUCAGCUACGCCAUCCUCGUCACUCCUCCGCCUGAUCGCCUGUGAUGUCUUUCUUCCCGGCGGCUGAUGCGACGAAGGGAGAUUCGAACAUAAUUAAUGUGAAACUUUUACGUAUUUCAUUUAAAAUAUGUUACUUGAAAGUUUGAAUAUUUCAUAUAAAAUAUGCAUAUUAAGGUACUUAUUUCUUGGAAAAUCAUGCGUGUAUCAAAUUACACAUAUUUCCUAUUAAAGUUGAGGCAUAUCUUCCCGUUGUCUCCUUGAAAUUUUUCCCAUUCAGUCGCUCUGGAGCUCAGAGUAGAAAAUACAUGUUUAUAUUCGA